AUGGAAACCGCACCUCGAGUUGCAGAAUUUUGCACCUCCACCAAAGAAGAUCAGGAUGACGGCUUUGGUCUUCCAGGAAUUACCUUGCCGUUGGACUACAGUCCGGAAGCAUUGAAUGCGUACGGGGUUAGCACUCGGUCCUUAUUUCCUUCGAGCUUGGAUUGCAGAGAUAUUGAAAGUGGCUACAUCAAUCAACCAAUCUUGACGUUUCGAGAGUUAAAAAUGAUUCGAUUGAUAAACCAAUUUACAGAUCGGGAGGCUUGGGUGUCAAAGGCAUUUGAGGAAUCUUAUAUGGAAGCCUAUAGGGACGAUAUUCUAAAGGACCCGGAGGUAACCCAAAAAAUGGCAAAUUGGUUGAUGUCUGAACUCAAGUUCAAGGCUCUAGUUGCCAAAAGAACGAACAAUGUCAUCAAUAUCUACAAUGGAGAUGUUGUCAAGUCUGACUCGGUAUUGAUGGGUCAUCUCCAUGAAGAACUUAAAAUGGCCAUCAAAGGUUUGGAGAAAGGACUUUCAUCUUUUUCCGAGUACCGUUCUGCUACGGAACCCAGAGAAUUCGACUACGUGCAUCCGUCAUUCUUUCCACUGGUAUUUGGUGAAAGCCGGGUACUUCGUGACCGCACCAUUGGCCUUGACGAUGCUGUGGAGAACAUGGGAAAGGGGGAGAUCCUUGAAGUGCCUAAAGACCCAGGGCCUUCCAGAAAAGAUUUAAGUUGGAAUAUUGCAUCCCGUUCGGAUAUUGGUCCAAGGCCAUACAGUUCAAGAUUUCAAUGGCUUCCGAGUAACGUUCUCUUUCGACCAGACGGCACCUGUUAUUUCAGCAGUUAUAUCAACAGCAUCCAUCCGCAGAGAAAUCAAAAAUUAUAUCCUAUGAUCGAAAAAGCCUUAGAUAAAAUUAUUCUUAUGUGGGAUAUGGCAUUGACGCCACUGAAGACUGUCUUACAUUCUCGAUCACGGAUAGACUUGCAAGAAGUCCAGUACAAGGAUAUCUCACCCGGAAAAACGGAACCUCGUCCAAAAAUAAGAGAUGAUGAAACCAGGACCAAAUACGAAGAGCGAAUACGCGAUUGGCGAAAAAGGAACUUUGUGGCGGUCCAACCAGAGCCUGGUGUAUUCGCACCAAUAGCUAUUCCACCUCAGAUCCUGGAAGAUCUUCCGAAGGAAGAGAAGAGCAAGCAUCGGAUUGAAGAUAAAAUGGAUUUGAAGGAAGAAUACGGUCAUCGUGGACUGCAAGUGAUUGUAAAAUUAACAGAGUAUUCGAUGACUCCUGAAGAGCCAAGGUUUGAGACGGAGUGGCAUGUGGAAGGUCAAAUUAAUGAGCACAUAUGCGCGUCGGCAGUUUACUGCUUGGAAGAUGAAAAUACCGAUGUACAUGACCUAGAAUUUCGCCAAAUAGCCGAUACACUACCCCUAGCAGAUCUCGAGUUCGACCGCGGUGAUAGUGUUUGGCUGGAGCAGAUAUUUGGACUACACAACAACGAGCCCGCUGUCCAACACGUUGGAAAUAUGUGCUUUUCGGAGGGCCGUGCAAUUGCCUGGCCUAACGCUUUACAGCACAGGGGCAUAGCGACGCUGAAAGAUAGAUCUAAGACAGGGUAUGUCCAUAUAUUGCAAUUCAUGCUGGUUGAUCCCAAUAUCCGUAUCAUCUCCACUGCAAAUGUGCCGCCUCAACGACUCGAUUGGAAAAAAGAAGCGGAAGAAACAUCAGUGGAUGUUAGAAAAUUGCCUCUGGAAGACAAGCUGAAAAUAUUGAAGAGAGAAGGGAACUUUCCCUGGGCAUUGCAAGAGGCAAAGAAUAUCCUACGCGGUGCCCGCGAGGAACGCAGGGCAUUCAAUCACUACCAAGAUGUCGCCUAUCACUCGAAAAACGUCAUUCUUUGAUUGAUAAAUCAAUGUCUUUUGCGCGCUGUCAAUGAUAUAUUAAAUUGUAGGUCUAUUGGAAAAUAGGUACACAAUGGGUUUAAUGUUACUUCAAUCAGGAUAUAAAAUGAUACUGUCCAGACUUCUAUAAAUGCAUAUACGUGAUAAACAACACUCAAUCCACCAAAUUCAUGUACCUUUCGACAACAGUCCAGUACCUCUCCGGGUCUCCUCUCAUAUGUCCAACAUGCGGCGUACCCUUGAACUUGACCAA